CUCUCUAGCUAUCUCUCUCCCCACACACACACACCGCUCUAUAUAAAACAUCUCUCGCGCGCUGACGGUCAGAUGUCCACAACAUCCUCAGUCGGACAACUGCUCCUCCUCCUCCUGCGUCCUCCACCUCGCCUCGAGACCCCAACCGGACUGUCACCCUUCUUUUUGUUUGUCUCCCCCAGAAGAUCUAUUUCUGUGCUGCCUUGCUCCGGGGUCCCGGCGCCGCCACCACUUCAUCUCUCCUCUGAAGUUGAGCGGUUGGUUCAGCAGAGCGUCGCACCGGCAGCUGCCUUCUUCAAACUGCCCUCGGAUAUUUAAACCCGCUGUGCGUGCGUGCUUGGGUUGUGUGUGCCCGCGUGUAUGUUAUGUGCGUGAGUGUGUGAGGGAGUGAGUGAGUGGAGUGAGUGUGUGUGUGUAUGUGUGGUUGAUCAGCAUCCCGGGAAGAUUUGAAGGACGACUCGGAAGAUCAGCGCGCGCUUGGCUGUCAUGACGGGAGACGCGGCGCGCAGAGCGGCGGUGAGCGCGUGGCUGCUGGCGGUCCUCUCCUCUCUGGCGACCGGCGGCCACUCCCUCACCUCGGACGGCAGCAGCGGCCUGAGGGACAGCCCCAAGUCCAAGGCGCGGACCUACUGGAGCCAGAGCAGCAAGGCCGUGUCCAUCAGCCGCCUGCUCUCCGAGAGCCUGUUCGCCCGCAAGAACUUCACCUCGCUGGACCUGAGCUACGACGCCGCCCACCCGGCCGACCUGCAGCAGGAGCACUGGAGCUGGCUCUACAACGCCUCGGCCGCCGCCGCCGGCGGGCCGGACCCCGACCCGCGGCCCAGGACCAAGCGGAGGCCCAUGGUGAAGACGGGAAAGUUCAAGAAGAUGUUCGGCUGGGGCGACUUCCACUCCAACAUCAAGACGGUGAAGCUCAACCUGCUGAUCACCGGCAAGAUCGUGGACCACGGCAACGGCACCUUCAGCGUGUACUUCCGCCACAACGCCACGGGCCAGGGCAACGUCUCCGUGGGGCUGGUGCCGCCCACCAAGGCGGUGGAGUUCCGGGGCCAGCCGCCGCCGCAGCACCACCACCACCCGCCGCAGCAGCAGCAGCAGCAGACGGCGUUGGAGGCCAAGGACACCAAGCUGUUCAACUGUCGGGUGGAGUACGAGAAGGUGGAGCGGGGCACGCGCAACACGCUGUGCGCCCACGACCCGUCGCAGAGCUGCUCCCAGGACCAGACGCAGAGCCACGUGUCCUGGCUCUGCUCCAAGCCCUUCAAGGUCAUCUGCAUCUUCAUCACCUUCUACAGCACCGACUACAAGCUGGUGCAGAAGGUCUGCCCCGACUACAACUACCACAGCGACACCCCCUACCUGCCCACCGGGUGACCUGCCGCUUGACCGCGCCGGGGACGGGGUGUGUGUUUGUGUGGGUGUGGGUGUGUUUGGGUGUGUGUGUGUGCGUGUGUGUGUGGGUGAUUGUGUGUGUGUCUGUGUGUGAGUCAGGGUGGAUGUGGGUGUGGGUGAGUAAGAGUGUGUGUGUGCUUGUGUGUGGGUUUGCGUUUGUGUGCGUGUGUGUGAGUGCGUGUGUGAGUGUGUGUGCGUGUGUGUUUGCCUGCGUGUGUGUCAGUGUGUGUCAGGGUGGUGUCGACGAGCAGUCGGUAUCAUUUGGUUGGAAAACACGCGCUACUGAAGAAGAAAAAAAAAAUAAAAAAAGGAGGCUUAAAACCUUAAAGUGUUGACUGUUCUGAGCUUAAUACCUCCGCCGCGGGACUGUUCGCUCUUCGGAGACGACCCUCCUAAAGGUCAGGGGGAAGCUUAUAUUAACUUUACCUUUAUCGUGUACAUACAGUAGCUGCAGACACUCAAAUCCUGAAGCCAUAUCUAGCGAGGAGCGACCCUGUGUAUUGAUGAUGUAAAUAUCAAGAAUAUCCGCAACCAAACAAUCGAAAAGCGCCCCGACAAACCCUCCUUCUUCUGACUGAGUUGUUUACGCCGCACCUGUACUCCCCCUGAUAAUCCAGCUUCCUGUCUGAUCCCAUCGCUCAGAGAUAAUCACCGCCGAGCAGAAGACGUCAACGCCAACCCAACGAACCCUUCAGCGUGUAUUAAGCCGGGGCAGAAUGGGCGUUGUGUGGAAUCAUAUUGUCGUGAGUGUUUAUCUGCUGUGCGUAAUUAUUAGUGACUGUACCGGUCGGCUGUCGACGGUCGCGUCUCCAUCUUCCAUGCAUGAAUCAUACGUGGUAAACAACCAAAUAAAAGCCCACAUGUUAAUUUG